AUGGCGGAGGACGACUGGAGCUUCCUCGACGAGGAGGUCGAGCGCUUGGAGAAGAAGUCCAAGGGCGGCGGCGGCGGGAGAAGAGCGAGCGGCGGAGGAGGAGGAGGACGCCGAGGAGGAGGAGGAGGCCGCGCGGAGACGAAUGCCGCGGACUCGUCCGCGCCCGCGACGACGACGACGAGCGACCCGCUGGACGAGUGGAGCGCCCUCGACGAGGAGCUCGAGAAGCUGACGAAGAAGGGAGGACGCGAGCGCGGCGGCGGCGGCGGCGGCGCGCGCGACGCGCCCCCGCCGCCGCCGCAGCGACCGGCGCCGUCGAUGCCGCCACCGCCACCGCAGAUCGCGACGACGACGACGACGACGACGACGACGACGCGCCCGCCGCCCUCGACGCCCCACCGCGCGCCGCCGCCCGCGCGCGACGCGAUCGUCGCGGACGCGCUCGCGCUCGACACCCCGUGCUCGCGCCGGGAGAAGCUCGCGUCGAGAGCCGCGCGGUUCGCGGACGACGCUCCGCCGGCGCCGGCGCCGAGACCGCGUCGUCGCGACCUGGACGACGACGACGACGACGACCGCGGCGGCGGCGCCCCGCGCCAUAUCGUGGGCGCGUGCGAGGACAUGUGCCCGGUCGCGGAGCGCGAGCGCCGCGCGAACGCCGCGGAGCUCGACGUCCUCGAACGCGUCUGGGACGCGACGCAGUCGCGCGGCGACCGCAAAAAGACGAGCGCGCAGCUGGCGGUGAAGAAAUACACGCGCAUCGUGGACGACCCGUCGCCCGCGGACGUCCGCACGAGAGCCGCGCUGACGCGGACGUGCGAGCAUCUGUACUCGCUGCUGGGUGGCAGGGCGAGGUAUGGCGACGAAUGUAUUCCGAAGAGCCGAUGGGCGUCGACGCGCCCGGAAGAUUUGCCGCUGCUGGCGCGAAGCGAUUUUCUGUGGGACAGACUCCGCGGGGUGAGACAGGACAUGUCGCUGCAGGGGUUCAACAGGGACGCGUGGGCCGCGACGCGUCUGGAGGAGAUGGCGCGGUGCGCGAUCGCGCUGGAGUAUCUGCUGUGCGAACACCGCGCGACGCUCGCGGCGCCGGACGGGCACGACUCGCACCUUCACGUGGAACAGCUGGGUAAGACGCUCGGGACGCUGCGCGGCGUCUACGCGGAGAUCCGAUCCGCGUCCGACGCCGACGCCGACGCUGAGGUGGCGUCUUCUGAUUCGUCGUCAGAUCUGCUGACGGAUCGCGAGGCGGAGCACGCGGCGUAUCAGAUCCUCCUCAAGCUCGACGACCACGGGCCGUUCAAGAGGGCGAGCGGCGUGGCGUUUCUGCGCGACGCGCGCGCGACGCCGCCGGAGGUGUUGACGCAUCCGAAGGUGCAGUUCGCGUUGAGGAUAAAGAUCGCGUACGAAGCGGGCAACGUCGUCGAAUUUUUCCGCCUGACGCGUUCGAAGCGGUGCACGUACUUGCAGGCGUGCUGCACGUUCAAAUACUUCGAGAAGAUCCGCGUCCGCGCGCUGGAGGCGCUCGUGAGCUCGAGCGCGAAGGGCGCGACGAUGAAGGCGGCGACGCUCGCGAGGGACGUGUUGCGAUUCACCGCGAACGGCGACGGCGGCGGCGGCGGCGGCGGCGGCGACGACGACGACGACGACGCGUCCGCGUCCGCGGCGGCGAUAGACCUCGCGCGGCGGUGCGGUCUCGAGGUCUCGGAGGACGGCGUCGUGCGCCUGAAGCCGGACGCGAGCGGCGGCGCGCUCGCCGCCGGAGAGGAGAAGCGCGCGUUCGCGUUCCGCGCGCCGACGACGACGGACGACGGCGGCCGAGUCAGACAAAAAAUCGUGGACGCGAAGGCUCCCGAGACUAAGAGCGGGAUGUUCCGAUGGCGCGGGCUCAUCACCGGCGCGGUGGGGUGCUGAUCCGACGCACCAGAGAGCGAGCGCGCGACGCGUAGAUAGCGUGAUGUAGGUAUCUUCAUCGUCUUCAGACCGCGCGUGAUGAGACUU